GUUCUCCACAUCAUCUCCCCCUCCCGCAACUCCUUCUCGAUCAAGCAUCUCGUCUCCAGUAUCUGGGACUCCUCUCCGGACCCACAGCAGCUCUUUCAAGCAAGGGGUACAUACGCCCCCCCACCAGUCACCAGGCCGAUCUCAAGAAGGUUAUGCGUGCAGAGCUCGGAGACCAGACAUGGCAGUUCCCCUUGGAUCGCGUUGCGAGGAUGUUAUCUCCUAAAAAACGCAUUGCUCCCCUGGAUGACAAAGUUAUUGACCAUCUAGGCAACUACGCCUGUGUUUCUGAUUCGCCCGGGUUCAUGAAAAAGUUGAAAAACGCUGUAAUGAAGCUCGGACCACGACUCAAGGAUAUCCAAUGGCCCAGCGGCCCUGACGAACGUCCGUUCUAUACUCCACUGGCUCAGUUUUUAAACGCGUGUGUCUCUGUCUGCAAGGAAGAACUUACGAAUGACGAUCGCUACACCAAAGGCCCAUUUCACGACCUCGAGUUCAUUGUUUACGAUAAGGAGACCCAGGAUAGUGUGGAUGGGGCGUCUCCUGUGAAACCGGAUCUAGUGGGAGGGAAAAAGUUUAUGGCCUUCGCCGACAGUGAUGACUGUAAGGUCAAAUCCGCUCGCCUUUACUGGAAUCCACCCGACAAGAAUAUGUCACCCAUCUUGCUGCCUGUAGAAGUGAAGGACAACUGGAUAGAAUUAGUCUGUCAGGCCGCGACCUACGCGCGAUGUCUGUUCAGUACGUCUCCGCUUCGGCAGUAUUCAUUGGUACUUGGUUACAACCACAAGGAGGGCACCUUCAGGUUUCUUAUCUUCCAUCGCGGAGGCCUAUCUGCCUCUCUUCCCCUUGAUCUGUGUGACGAGGAUUCACACAAAUCCCUCCUUCAUGUCUUCCUGUCUCUCCUCAGUUGUUCUCAUGCGAGAGAUGCCGGUAUUGCAGCGUGGUGCAAUGAACGGCAGUUCAAGCUCCCAGUCGACAAUUCUGAUAAACCUGAUUACGUCGAUGCCAAGGUCGAUGAAAUUCUUCAUGAUGGUAACUGCUGUAGAGGUAGAGUAAAUCGGGUUAUACGGAUAUCGUAUGGCGUUCCAAAGGAUGUCUCUACUUCUCCUCUCCCCGUGGCGACAACUCCUCUAUUUCCAGUCACCCAGCUGAGACUUUCAGCACGCGUCGCUAAUGCUGAGGCUAAGAAGGGAGUAGAAGCACCUGUGAACUCUGAAAAGAGUUCCAGCAAUCAGGUUGAUUCCCGUACUCGAUCAGAGACACAGGCAUCAAAUAUCCCUGACCCAUCAACUCUCGUUAUUACGCCGAUUGCUGUAUAUGGGCCUACUCGAGAUCUUGAAGAUGUGAAGCAGGAGCUAAUGAUCUUGGUUAAACCCUUGAAUCCGUGUAGAGGCGAAACUUCCCAUGGAUUUAUCAAAGCUGCAUGGCCAAAACGCGAUCCUGGGUCAGGUUGUUCCUCAGUCCCGGAAGCGCGGAUGCUCAAUGUGUGUGGUGACAAGUUCGGAACUUCGCAGCACCAUUAUUCUUUUCCAGCAAAUCACUCUCAUGGAAUCCCUACCUCCAACGACAUUUUUCUUCCAACCGAGACGGAAUUAAAGAAAGGAGUGGCAGAAUUUCAUUGGAACCUUUUUUUUCCACGCCAAAAGCAUAGUACACCCUUGCCUGAAUAUCGAAGCCUUUGGAUUCACGUUGGGAAACUGAUUGGAACCUCCCUGGUUUCCUCUCCCACCCCGCUCGUGUUGUUUACAGCCGUCCUGCACGCAAUGCUAGGAUGGCUCGCGAUAUGCCAGGAGGAGCUUCAACAUCGGGAUGUCAGUGUUGGGAAUGUUCUUAGAUUGGAAAACCCGGUCGAAAUGCCCUCGUUCAAAUUCAAAUCAGAUAUUGCGGAUCUUAUAGGCACACUAUCCCUAUCGGAAACCUUACCGUCUACUGUUACCGAACAGAUUGCACGUCUUGAGAGUUCGCUUGCUGAGCUGAAGGUCAACACCAGGUGCUUGGGUUUUAUCAUUGACGGGGACAUGGCUGUCGACUGGAAGACGUAUUUUGAUGCAAACCAUGAUGGCACUCGUUCCGGAACGUUCGAGUUUAUGUCAGACAAACUACGAGAAAGCCUGUAUUUGCCCAGGACAUAUAUUCAAUCUACGGUGGAUGAUCUUGCCUCCUUCUACUAUGUUGGUCAAUGGGCGGCGGUUUUCAACCCAAGCCAUCAAUCGGACAUGCUCGAACAGCUCCGCAAUCAUGUCGCUGGGCCCCUCGCAUGGCGAAGUUUCGCAACUUCGCGCAUUAUAAAUCUCAGUCCAAAGACACCUUCCCAUCGGCAAGAUUAUGGUUUAUUUUUGCAGUGCUGCCAGCCUAUACUCAAAGAGUGGCAUGAUUCUAUUGAUUCUCUUGAUCGACGGUUUGUUGAAGUCACGGAUGAAUUGACCGCUCACUUUGAUGGAAAAAUAGACUCAAAUACUUACCGGUCUUUAUUCCUGUCCUUUUCCUACCAUGGAGUUGCAGACUUUGCCCAGAUAUUGGAGAGACAUGGAGCAAGCCUCGCUAGUUAUGAUAAACUGGAUUCAUGAACAAAUUUUGCAUCAGUCUGAAUACACCGAGCUACAGUAAACGCAUAUAAAUAUAAAAUUGUUCUCAUAACGCCAGUUAGAGCUUUGCGUGAUAAAGUAUCACAAUUGAUAUAUACAGCUUUGCCCAGGCAAAUGUCAGGCAAAAGACUUGGAUUGGGGUGGAUUCCGCGGAAAUCGAACAUGGAGAAAAGGAUCCGUCGCUACUGUAUAUUUUGUCUCUGAAUCCGAGUCAAUGGCCAUCCCGGAUAUCGUCUCCGCUAAAACUGUGCGAUGUACUCAUCGAGAAACCUUUUACAUAUAUAAGCUCUCCGGGCCUCCUGUAG